AGAAAUUACAUCUUGGCAUCCACCCUACUUUCCUGAAACACAAUGUGAUGCUGACGACACAGCCCAAUCACUCCACUUGACAAUGAGUUUGCUUGUCUCAUUUCUCUUUAAGAUUCAGUGGUGAGUAAGAACAGAAGUGGAAAGCCUUACUUAGCGCAGUUUAUUAUACGUCUCAUGGCCAGGAUAAUUGCUUUUACGAAGUCGUAAAGAAAUUGAUCAGAUUAGGGUGAAUCAAGCUGGCUGGCCAAUAGCUAUUGGAAUGAUUCUCCACGUGUGACUUUGUUGCAUUAUUACAAAACGCGGCAGGAUAGGCAUGCCCAGCCGCCUCGGCAGAUGUUCACUCUUAAUGCUGCCUUAAGGAGAUGAAGAGAUGAGGACAAAUUGCUCCAGCGGCUCAGCCUGCGCUGCCAACAGCUCAGAGGAGGAGCUGCCAGUGGGGUUUCAGGCACCUGGGAACCUGAAACUUGUCUUCACAGUGGUGUUAGCCGUGAUGAUGAGCCUGGUCAUGUUCUCGCUGGGGUGCUCUGUGGAGAUCCGGAAGCUGUGGUCGCACAUCAGGAGACCCUGGGGCAUUGCGGUGGGGCUGCUCUGCCAGUUUGGGCUCAUGCCUCUUAUCGCCUAUCUCCUGGUCAUCAGCUUCUCCCUACAGCCCAUCCAAGCGAUUGCUGUUCUCAUCAUGGGGUGCUGCCCGGGGGGAACCGUCUCUAACAUCUUCACCUUCUGGGUUGAUGGAGACAUGGAUCUCAGCAUCAGCAUGACAACCUGCUCCACAGUGGCUGCCCUGGGAAUGAUGCCACUCUGCCUUUACCUCUACAGCUUGUCCUGGAAUUUUGAGCAGAAUGUCACCAUUCCGUAUCAGAACAUAGGGAUUUCCCUCCUGUGCCUGACCGUUCCUGUGGCCUUCGGUGUCUAUGUGAAUUACAGGUGUCCCAAACAAUCCAAAACCAUCCUCAAGAUUGGGGCCAUUGUUGGUGGGGUCCUCCUCUUGGUGGUCACAGUUGCUGGUGUGGUGCUGUCGAGAGAAUCUUGGAAUCCAGACAUCUCCCUACUGACCAUCAGUUGCAUCUUUCCUUUGAUUGGCCAUGUCGCGGGCUUUCUGCUGGCACUUCUUACCCACCACUCUUGGCAGAGGUGCAGGACAAUUUCCUUAGAAACUGGAGCCCAGAACAUUCAGAUGUGCCUCACCAUGCUGCAGCUCUCGUUCACUCCCCAGCAUUGUGUGUUUUCACAUCUAGCAUAUAAGCUGUACAAGAGGAGACUGAAGAAUAAACACAGAAAAAAGACCCCGGGCUGUGCAGAAGGCUGCCGUAACAAGAGCUCCACCUCUCCCCAGGAGACCGGUGCUUUCUUGGAGGUGAAUGAAGAACUCGCUAUAACUCCCGGGACAUCAGAGCCGAUGGAUCCCCCCGUGGCUCUCGAGUCCAUGGGCCCCAUCUCCUCACGUGCGCAGUAGCGGCUUGCUGACCCGCCUGGAGGCCGGCUACCUCCGCCCGUUAGUAAAGCUGGUGCAGGGCUGAUGCGUGGAUCUCAUUGGCAAGGCCUGUGGGAAUAGCUGUUUUUGUGUGGGUUGUAAAUCCUCCAGGAUCCCUUUUUGCGAAUGUAUUCUGCCUAUUUCAGGGAGUUCUUUGGGGUUUACACCACGUAUUUACUAGUGGCUGUGUUCGUGUCUUCCCAGUGCGAUGUGCAGUCCUCCUCCCUGUGGCUUUUAAUCCCAGGAGAGGAGGGGCUGUGGAGAGAUGCGCUCUCCUAUUUAGGGCAAGGACAGUCUGAACCCUCUUGGCUUUGGGACGGUUCUUUGGAGCAGUGGGGAGGAAGCACACAGGUCUUAGAAAUAUGGGGUCUUUUCUCAAAUGAUUGCUAAUUCUUAAGGGCUUAGAGUCUUUUUGGAUUCUAACUGUAAUACAGAUUUAGAGGAAAGUUAAUGAACACUUGAGGUUAAAAGGUGAAUGCCCCCUGUUUUCACUCCCCAGUGAUAGGCACAUGGAUAUCCUUCAUGUUUACACAUUAUAUCACUUUAAAAGGACUGGGGUUUUCCCAUGUAUACUGUCUAAUGAGUCACAAUGACAUAUCAUGGAGCACCUUCACACGCCGGUCUGUGUUGACCGGCCUCACUUUAGAACAAUGGCUUUGUAGAAGCAUUUCACUGCACGGAAGGACUGACUGAUUUCAAGUUCCCCAUUCAUGGGCAUUUAGAGAGCUUUCGAUUCACUGGCAUUACGAUGCUGCUACACACGCCUGUGCCCUCUGGGGGCAUGUCUGUAGGGUCACCUUCUACAACUUCAAUUGCCAGACCAAUUGCACAGGAAAACGUUGGACUCUGCCCUCCGGCCAUGCUGUGUGCGCAGCGGUGCCGAGCGGGCCGGGGGUCCCAUCGCCCCAGCUAAAGGAUGAUCAGUUUGGAUUUGUACGAGCAUCUCAUUUAAAGUCGCAUGUAAUCAAUUAUGAGUAAAGUAUUUUUUUCAUGACCA